AUGAACACGUCGCGCGCGACGUACGAGAAGGAUCUCCCAGAAGACCUCCUCGAGCUCAUUGAUCAUACGACGCGAGGGGUGCAGCGGCUGUACGAGUCGACAAAGCAGGCAGAGGGUCCCAUCGGGGUGAGAGGGGGAAGACAGUCGGCGCACCGCCGCACGGACACACGGCAGACGGAUCGCACAGACGAAUUUGACCGCGUCACUCGGUCAGGUGCGGCAUCGAACGCGGUGUCCGCCUCCUUGGCAACGAUGAUAACUCCAGCACCAACUAGAGGAACAGCUGCGGGGUAUGAAGAGACGUUGCCAUCUUAUGCUAACACAAGCGGGAGCAACGGAAUCCACCAGAGUGCAGAGAGCAGCGGCACAAAUACAGCGCGUCGGUGGAUGUGGAGUCGCGCGCAGGCGCUUCCGACGAGCAGUAAUACCGAUGGUCACUCCGGCACUUCCACAGCAAAUACGACGAUCUCAAUGGGCGUCCCGCGUCGAGCAACAACAACAACACUGCCGCCGCCGCCGCCGCCACUGCAUGCAGGUGCAGGUCUCCACAACUCCACGACAAGCACUGUUAAUACUUCUGCUACUGGUGUGGAUGACUACAACUCCUCCUCGCAGCGUGGUCAGGGGUGGAAGGAUGCAUUCAAAUCCCUCCUCUCCGUGGCAACGGCGCCCACCACGACUGCUGCUGCCACCCCAAUGUCAGGAAUAAUGACAACAAAUCAACAAGAGCGUGUAACGCAGACCACGCACGAUUCCGCGGCACCGCCCGGACCAACAGUAACUGAAAGGGAAUAUGAAGCCCAUCGGCCUUUACCAUCACAGAGCGAUGCGACCUUGGAACAUCUGCAGCGCCAAUUGAGAAAACAAGAGGCGUCCCAUCAAGAGAAACUCUCACAGUUGCGAGUAGAGCAUAACUCUGAGAUUGCACAGCUCCGUCGCGAUGCGUUGGAGGCUCGGCAGAAAGCCGAAGAUGAGAUAUCAUCACAGAUCAUGGCGUCCUUUAACGUAAAGCAGAAGCUGCUCCGAGCCGAGAUGGAGAGUGAACGUGCUCGUGCUGAUGAGGCACAUCAGAUGAUGGGGGAGAGUCAAAAAACUAUCGAGCGGCUACGUAAAGAACUCGAAGCUGGAGUUGGUUCAAAUCUGGAGCUCCAGGAACGUAUGAAAGCAAAGGAAAAACAGAUUACGGAGCUGCGUGAGACAUUGUCAAACACUCGCAAGCAGCUUGCGACACGGGAGGAGGAGUUGGCUAAGCAUUCGGGGGAAUUAGGGGAGAGCAAACGUCGGGAGAAGUUGGUCACAGUGCGCGAGCAGGAGGCGUUGGAUUUAGUGAAACGUCUCGAGUCGCAGCUGCGCGAGCAGCAAGAGAGGUCGCGGGAGGAGCUUCGCCGGUUGGAGGCGGAGUUCCACUCCACCACCACCAGCUACCAGCAGUUGAUUGGCGAGGCAACGGAGAAACUGGCAGCACUUGAGAGGGUGGAGCGCAAGUACCGCGCACUCAAGGAGCAACACCGGCAGCAGAAGCAACAACAGGAGGCGCUGGCGUCCAAGAUGGCGUCGGUGCAAGAAGAGAAGCGUCAACUGGUGGAGCGUAUCGAUGGCCUGCAUCAGGACGUGGAGGCCCUCCGUCUGCAGCUCGCACGCAAGGAACACGAAAUGCGGGAGGAACGCGCAUCACACCAUCAGAUCGUGGAGGGGAUUACAAAGCGGUUGGAGGAUGAAGGGGACAACACCAGCCGAGAGAAGGAGGAACUGCAGAAGGCCGUACGCCAUGCCGAGGAGUGUGUCCUCCGCCUGCAGCGCGAGGUGGAAGGUCUAACGCAUCAGCUGCACGAGGAACAAGCACACAGCAAGGAGCUGCUGGUGAAGUUGGAGCAGAGCGCAUUGCGGCACCAGGAGGACCUCACCAGCGCACGUCGCGCAGCAUCAACAUACCAACAGCAGUCGGAGGGUGUUCUCUCUAGCCUGAAGCGGCAGCUGCGUGAGAAGGACGCAAAGCUAGAGGCGCUCGCUACCACCGCGUCAGAACCCAUUCAGCGGCUUCGCAGCCAGCUUGAGGACGAGCGCAGCAGGCGCGCCAACCUUGAGGAGCAGUUCAACCGCUACAAGCAGAAAGCGAAAGCUGCGGAGGAGGCGGCGCUCCGUGAGAUUCGUCGAGAGCAGCACCGUGCUACCUCUGCCCCACGCUCGCAGGGCCGCACAGGCACUGUGUCUGCCUCGCUCUCCCCAACACGAGGCGAGGAGAGGAGGUUACCAACAAGUGCCUUUUCACCUUCUGCAGCCGCUGUCCCCGCACGUGAGACGGGCACAACGACACCAAUGGGACAGCGUAUACUAAAGAUAGCACCACCACUUCCUCCGUGUUCGUAUAACCGCUCCAGAGAGCGGAACUCCAUGACACCACCACAAUUAACUCCUGCGCGUGCUGCGUGGGACUCUGUCGGGUCCAUUUCAAAUAUUUCCUGCAGCUCACCCCUCUACAGUAGCCGGGAGGGAGAUGCUGAGGGUGCUGAGUACGCAAUUGCAGCUGUGGACCCUCCCCGCAAUGCGACACCCGAGGUGGCAGCGCACCUCUCACAAGUGUCACCCCCAGACAACAUUGGCAACAGAAUGGCACAGCAUGAACAACUCCUGCAGGAGUUUCAUCAGUCCGCAGCGGAAGUAUUUCGCAAAAUAACAGGGAACCGCGACGAGUUUCUCGCCACGUGCGCAUCCGUCGUGCGUGCCGUGUCACACCACUCCAGCGAUGGGGAGAGUGCAGCUGCUGAAGGUAUGGAGGAUGCCGCGUUGUAA